CCAUCAAAAGUUUUAAUCUUUUUAUUGCUUUGCCAAGUGGUCUUUUCACUCUCAAGUAAUAGAUCAUAGUAGUUUAUAUACGAUCUUUUUUCAGUUUAAAAAAAUGGCUCGGUUGAUUAUACCUUGCAAAAGUUCGUGUUUGACAAAGACUAGUCUCUUGGGUUUGAUCUCGUCUGCUCCUUUUCAGGCUAAAAGCAGAGCUAGUUGCUUUCAGAAUUCAGUAAAAAAUAUCUCCAAGUAUAGGCAUUUUCUUAGUUCAGAGGUCACAGUUCAAAGGAAUUAUUGGUUCACAUAUCCUGCAUUUCAUAGAGCUAAGCAAGAUAGGAGGAGGCUAAUUUGUUCAGUCGCCACAGAACCCUUGCCAAAGCAAAUUGAAGAAUCCAAGAUGGAUGCACCAAAAGAAAUCUUUUUGAAGGAUUACAAGUUGCCAGAUUACUACUUUGAUACGGUGUAUUUGCAUUUUUCUCUGGGCGAGGAAAAGACAAUUGUUAGUUCUAAAAUAACUGUUUUUCCUAGAGAUGAAGGUUCCUCUUCCCCACUGGUUUUGGAUGGGCGUGACUUGAAGUUAAUAUCAGUUAAGGUCAAUGGUGAAGAAUUGAAGGAUGGAGAUUAUCAUGUGGACUCACGCCAUUUAACAAUCACGUCACCCCCUGCUGGUACAUUUUUAUUGGACAUUGUUACUGAGAUAUAUCCUCAGAAGAACACAUCCUUAGAGGGGCUUUACAAGUCAUCUGGGAAUUUCUGCACUCAAUGCGAAGCAGAGGGUUUCCGCAAAAUUACAUUCUAUCAGGACCGCCCUGAUAUAAUGGCAAAAUAUACAUGCCGGAUUGAAGGUGAUAAAUCACUAUACCCAGUAUUGCUGUCUAAUGGAAACCUUAUAGAACAAGGAGAUCUUGAGGGCGGAAGGCAUUAUGCUCUCUGGGAGGACCCAUUCAAGAAACCUUCCUACUUGUUUGCGUUAGUUGCUGGACAGUUGGAGAGCAGAGAUGACACAUAUAAUACCCGCUCUGGUCGGAAGGUGGCACUAAGAAUUUGGACCCCAGCCCAAGACGUGCCUAAGACAGCACAUGCUAUGUAUUCACUUAAAGCGGCAAUGAAAUGGGAUGAGGAUGUUUUUGGUCUUGAAUAUGAUUUGGAUCUCUUUAAUAUUGUUGCUGUUCCAGACUUUAACAUGGGAGCUAUGGAGAACAAAAGUCUGAAUAUUUUCAAUUCAAAGCUUGUUUUGGCAUCUCCAGAAACCGCUUCAGAUGCAGAUUAUGCUGCAAUCCUGGGAGUCAUUGGUCAUGAGUAUUUCCACAACUGGACAGGCAACAGAGUGACUUGUCGUGACUGGUUCCAGCUCAGCUUAAAGGAAGGUCUCACUGUAUUCCGGGAUCAGGAGUUUUCAUCAGACAUGGGUAGCCGUACCGUCAAGAGGAUUGCUGAUGUUUCAAGGCUUCGAAAUUUUCAGUUCCCACAGGAUGCUGGUCCCAUGGCUCAUCCUGUACGACCACAUUCUUACAUCAAGAUGGAUAACUUCUACACAGUCACGGUGUAUGAAAAGGGAGCUGAAGUUGUCAGGAUGUACAAAACCUUGCUGGGAAGUCAGGGUUUCAGAAAGGGAAUGGAUCUUUAUUUUAAGAGGCAUGACAGUCAAGCUGUAACCUGUGAAGAUUUUUUUGCUGCCAUGAGAGAUGCAAAUGAUGCAGAUUUUGCAAAUUUCUUACAAUGGUACUCCCAAGCUGGCACACCUCUUGUGAAAGUUACCUCAUCUUACAAUGCUGAAGCGCGCACUUUCUCAUUGAAGUUUAGCCAAGAGGUACGACCUACUCCAGGCCAACCAGUUAAAGAACCCAUGUUUAUUCCUGUGGCAUUUGGUCUACUUGAUUCAAGUGGCAAGGACAUACCUCUCUUUUCUGUGUAUCAAGAUGGAAUUUUGAAAUCUCUUGCAAGCGACAAUCAACCAGUGCAUACAACAGUUUUGAGAGUAACCAAGAAAGAGGAAGAAUUUGUCUUCUUUGACAUACAUGAGCGGCCAGUUCCUUCUAUAUUAAGGGGUUAUAGUGCUCCUAUCCGUCUUGAAUCUGAUCUCUCUGACAAUGAUCUGUUUUUCCUCCUUGCUCAUGACUCGGAUGAAUUCAACCGUUGGGAGGCUGGACAGGUUCUAGCAAGGAAGCUGAUGCUGCGUUUAGUGGCUGAUUUCCAACAAAACAAACAAUUGGUUCUAAAUCCAAAGUUUGUGCUUGGGCUCAGAAGCAUACUUUGUGACUCAAGCUUGGAUAAAGAAUUUAUUGCAAAGGCAAUAACUCUGCCUGGUGAAGGGGAAAUAAUGGACCUGAUGGAAGUUGCAGAUCCUGAUGCUGUUCAUGCUGUUCGAUCCUUCCUUACGAAGCAGCUUGCCUCUGAACUGAAAGCAGAGCUUUUAAGCACAGUUGAAAGUAAUAGGAGCUCAGAAGCUUAUGUGUAUGACCAUCCUAACAUGGCUAGGCGUGCUCUGAAAAAUGUUGCCCUUGCGUAUCUUGCAUCCCUGGAGGAUGAUGACUUAACAAAGCUUGUGCUAUGCGAGUACAAAACUUCUACAAAUAUGACAGAUCAAUUUGCAGCUUUGGCAGCCAUAGCCAGAAGCCCUGGUAAAAAUCGUGAUGAAGUCUUGGCUGACUUUUAUAACAAGUGGCAGCACGACUUCUUGGUUGUGAAUAAAUGGUUUGCUCUCCAAGCCAUGUCUGACAUUUCGGGUAAUGUUGAGAAUGUGCGAAGCCUCUUAAAUCAUCCAGCAUUUGACUUGCGCAAUCCAAACAAGGUGUACUCGCUCAUUGGAGGAUUUUGUGGUUCUCCUGUGAAUUUCCAUGCAAAGGAUGGGUCUGGUUAUCAGUUCUUAGGGGAGAUAGUGAUGCAACUAGAUAAAAUCAAUCCUCAGGUGGCCUCCCGGAUGGUGUCAGCUUUCUCAAGAUGGAGGCGCUAUGAUGAAACCCGACAAACCCUUGCCAAGGCACAGUUAGAGAUGAUCAUGUCUACCAAUGGUCUGUCAGAGAACGUAUUUGAGAUUGCCUCCAAAAGCCUGGCUGCUUAAAUGCCAGCAGUGGUCGCUAAAGAAAUAAGUACAACGGGGCUCGGCUCAAUCUCUUGAGACCGCAAUAUAAUAAGGAUGUUUCUACCCUUCUUCACUCGUCUGUGGUGUAAUGUAGAGGUGGUCCCUGAAUUCUGUAGCUCUCAGAACACGUUUUUUUUUUUUUUUUAUAAAAGUAAAUCCCAGAUGUUAUUUAUAUAUUUCUUCGUUCCUGGUGGGACGGACUAGAAUGUUACAGGCUGAAGAAGCCUUUACAAGACCUGACUGUUUGUAAAGGAUUUAAACAUGACUGCUAAUCAGCAAAAAAAUGAAGCUACAUGAACAUAUGCUUGUAAAAAGCAUUGCAUCCUUGAGAUGGAUGACAUUGAGAAAGGGUGAGAGAGGCAUCUUGUUUGAUUUGA